GGGGCAGUUUCUUUAUGUAACUGCGCUGACUCCAGUUACAGUAACCGUGGGCAAAGACGUCAACCGCCUCUGGAGAGGUUGGGAUCUCAGCCUGGGGGCUCUCCUCCGAGGUCAGAGGCCCCAGCACCAAGGCUGAGGAGGAGCCUGAGACUGGUCGUGGACAUCCUGUGACUAUCAGAGCCCCCAUUUGGGAGGGGUUAGAAGAAGGGGCUAUGGUGUGCACAUUUGCUUCCAUGGAUUCCAAUCACUCUUCCCUUGGAAACAAACACAUCCUCGCAAGUGAUCUUUCCUAAGCAAGAACAAAGCUAUUAAAAAGGAUCCGUCCUCCUCCUCCUUCCCUGUGCCCCAACUCUACUGGUUUCUCAUUCCGUGAAGAUGAUUUGGUGGAAGAAGCAGCUGUGCCGGCAGCGUCACCUGUGGGCCCUGGGCUGCUACAUGCUGCUGGCCAUUGUCGCACUGAGGUUUUCUCUCAGACUGAAAUGUGACUUUGAUUCCCUGGAUCUGGAGUCCAGCGACUUCCGAAGCCAGGACUGUAGGGACAUCUUGUACAACUCCCUGAAGCUGCCGGCAAAGAGAUCUAUCAACUGUUCUGGAAUCAUCCGAGGGAACCGCCGAGCAGUGACAGAGGCUCUCCUGGACAACCUGGAGGUCAAGAAGAAGCGGGAGCCUUUCACAGACACUGACUACCUUAACAUGACCCGAGACUGUGAGCACUUCAAGGCCGAAAGGAAGUUCAUACGGUUCCCUCUGAGCAAAGAAGAGUUAGACUUCCCUAUCGCGUACUCUAUGGUGGUCCACGAGAAGAUAGAGAACUUCGAAAGACUGCUGCGAGCUUUGUAUGCCCCUCAGAACAUCUACUGUGUCCAUGUGGAUGAGAAAUCCCCAGAAACUUUCAAAGAGGCAGUCAAGGCAAUUGUGUUGUGCUUCCCAAAUGUCUUCAUAGCCAGUAAGUUGGUUCGGGUGGUUUAUGCCUCCUGGUCCAGGGUGCAGGCUGACCUCAACUGUAUGGAGGACUUGCUCCAGAGCUCAGUGCCAUGGAAAUACUUACUGAAUACGUGUGGGACAGACUUUCCUAUAAAGACCAAUGCCGAGAUGGUCCUGGCCCUCAAGAUGUUGAAUGGGAAGAACAGUAUGGAGUCUGAAAAACCUACCGAGUACAAAAAAUCUCGCUGGACGUACCACUAUGAGGUGACAGACAAAUUGUACAUAACCAGCAAGAUGAAGGAUCCUCCGCCGGAUAAUAUGCCUAUGUUCACGGGCAAUGCCUAUAUUGUGGCUUCUCGAAACUUUGUCCAGCAUGUCUUAGAGAACCCCAAGUCCCAAAGACUGAUCGAGUGGGUGAAAGACACCUAUAGCCCCGAUGAGCAUCUCUGGGCCACCCUUCAGCGUGCGCCGUGGAUGCCGGGUUCUAUUCCCUACCACCCCAAGUUUCACAUCUCCGACAUGACAGCCAUUGCCAGGCUGGUCAAGUGGCAAAGCCAUGAGGGAGACAUCACUAUGGGGGCACCUUAUGCACCUUGCUCCGGAACCCACCAGCGGUCUGUGUGUGUUUAUGGGACUGGGGACCUGCACUGGAUUCUUCAAAACCAUCACCUGUUGGCUAACAAGUUUGACCCAAAGGUAGAUGACAAUGUUCUUCAGUGCUUAGAAGAGUACUUACGUUAUAAGGCCAUCUAUGGGACUGAACUCUGAGAUACCCUAUCAGAGAAUUGCUACCUGUGGGGCAGGAACUGUGCAAACAUGCCCAGGGGGUGCUGGGACAGUGGGGUGGGGGACCGGGGCUCUGGAAUCCUUGGUACCCCCAUGUCAGGGGGUUGCUAUGGGAGUGUGGGUAAGUAGACCUCCUGCCUUAUGACUUGCUGCCCUGGGUGAACACUGCGUGGACAGUCACGCCGCUCCUAACAGUUCCCCCACUGACAUUCUCUCAGAGUCAGAGUCAGAACCAGCUGUUUGGGAGAGGAAGGGAGGGCAGCGUGGCAGGGGACCCCGGGUUUCAGUUGAAUGCUUGGCGUCUGCUUUUCUACACCAUGGAGACACUGGUUCUAAUAACUCUAGGCUUGGUAGUGGGGGUGGGAUGGGACUUCAAUGGAAAGAGAGGGCCUUUUGUAUUAUUAACUUAAAAAUAAACAGCUCUUGAUUCAAAGCCCUUACCUCUACUUUUUGUCUAGUAAACCAGAAAUAAGAUAAAAGUGGAAAGCUUUUUCUUGUAACUAUUUGUGACAUUUACAAUCCCUGGUGGCUUUCAAGA